GUAAAUCACCUUCAUCAUUUUGAACACCUUCCAACAGUGCAUUAAAUGACAUGAUUAGCAUCUGUCACAUGUAGUUCAUUCUUUUUCUCAUCCUCUCCCCAAGAAGGAAGCUAUGUAUGCAUUCCAGUGUGUUGUUUUGGUACAGCUUUUUAAUGAGAACAUGCUGCUUUGUAUUCAUAUUGGAGAAGGCACAGUUGAAAAAAUGGACUUGUCACCUGAAGUAGGUGAUGAAGUUUGUGAUGGUCCUUCGUUCCUGUGGGAGUUUGUUCCACAGUCUGAGGUCUGUUUCCACACAAGUGAGCAUUACCCUUUCAGUAAAAGUUCAUGGUGCCUGAAGAGUGAUGUUGCCGAUCACCUGAAGUGCCAGGAUAAGAACAGUGAUCUUUUAGGUAUCCUGGGCUCAGGUUGUUGAGUGCCUUGAAGAUAAGGAACAAAACCUUUACUUUGACUUGAAAUUGCCUAUGGGAGGACAUUGUAGAGAGCAGGGACAGGUUUGAUGCAGCUGUGUUGGCCUGUUUUGCCGAGGAGAAAUACUGAGUUCUGUACUAGUUAGAGAUUCCAAAAGCUUGAUGGUUUCAUGCCCAGAUAUGUUAUGCUGCUGUAGUCCAGCUGAGAAGUAACAAAGAUGCUUAUAGCUGAGGCAAGGUUAUCAUUCUCCAGAAUAGAGGAUCAUCUUGACAACCAGAAAUGAUAGGAAGUGUUGCACAUGGAAACUGCUCUGUGUGUGUUAGUUUCAGCAAAGAACCCCCAGGAUUGCUUCUAAAUUACAGACUGAGUUGAACAAUUGUGGGCCUAUAUCUUCAACCGAAGGACUACAGCAAUUGCAAACUUCUUGGAUGAAAUCAUCUUAUUGAAAUAAUUGAAAAAUGAUAAUGCAGAGAUAGCUGCUAUGGUUAAGAUUGAAUGUUAACAUUAUGGACCACUAGAAUUGGGGCUAGAAAUUUAGUCUCUCGCUGAGGGGUGAAAAUGAGUUUUGAGUGAGCAUAGUUCCAAUUGUAAGAAGCUUGUCUAUGUUCUGCUAUUACUGGGAUGCAUCUACUGCUGAAGCCAAAACCCUCCAGUUGCACAGAAGCAUCACCAGUGAAGUAAAGAGAUUGCUGGAGGUCAGAUCUGUGUAGCAACAUGGACUCAUCGGAGGAGACUGGGGGCUCCUCCACAGAAGAGAACUACUUUGUGAACUACACUUUCACUGACCGUUCUCACUCAGGCCGCGUAGCUCAGGGUAUUAUGAAGCUCUGUCUGGAGGAUGAGCUCUUUGCUGACGUUACCAUCUCAGUGGAAGGCAAAGAAUUCCAGCUGCACCGGCUAGUCCUCUCAGCUCAGAGCUGCUUCUUUCGUUCCAUGUUCACUUCCAACCUGAAGGAGGCCCACAACAGGGUGAUUGAGCUGCAAGAUGUUAGUGAAAGUGUUUUCCAACUCCUGGUGGACUAUAUUUACCAUGGGACUGUAAAGCUGAGGGCAGAAGAGUUGCAGGAAACAUAUGAGGUGGCAGAUAUGUACCAGCUGACUGCCCUUUUUGAGGAGUGCUCCCGUUUCCUGGCCCGCACGGUGCAGGUGAGGAACUGUCUUCAGGUUAUGUGGCUGGCAGAUCAACACAGUGACAUGGAGCUCUACACCGCUGCAAAGCACUGUGCCAAGUCACACUUGUCACAGCUUCAGGAUACAGAGGAGUUCCUGCACCUACCUCUCCGCCUGCUGACAGACAUCCUUACAGAUGGUGUUCCAUGUUCACAGAAUCCAACAGUUGCCAUAGAAACCUGGAUCAACUUCAACAAAGAGGAGAGGGCAGGCUUCUUGGAGGUGCUGCGAUCCAGUCUAAAGGAGAUUGGGGAGAACGUUCACAUCUACCUGAUCGGGAAGGAGUCAUCGCGUACGCACUCACUUGCUGUCUCUCUGCAUUGUGCUGAUGAUGACUCAAUCAGUGUGUGUGGCCAGAAUAGCCUGUGCCAUCAGAUCACUGCAGCUUGCAAGCAUGGCAGUGACCUGUAUGUCGUAGGGGGCUCCAUUCCACGGCGCAUGUGGAAAUGUAACAAUGCCACCGUAGACUGGGAAUGGUGUGCUCCUCUGCCCCGUGACCGACUCCAACACACCCUUGUCUCUGUGCCCAGCAAGGAUGCUAUAUACUCACUGGGGGGCAAGACGUUGCAGGACACACUCUCCAAUGCUGUCAUAUACUACAGGGUGCGAGACAAUGUGUGGACAGAGACCAGCCAGCUGGAAGUAGCUGUCUCUGGGGCAGCAGGUGCCAACCUCAAUGGUAUCAUUUACCUGCUGGGUGGGGAGGAGAAUGAUCUGGACUUCUUCACUAAGCCCUCCCGGCUCAUUCAGUGCUAUGACACCAAUACAGAGAAGUGCCACGUGAAGCCUUAUGUAUUGCCUUUUGCAGGGCACAUGCAUGCUGCUGUGCAUAAAGACCUAGUGUUCAUUGUGGCUGAGGGGGACUCGCUGCUGUGCUAUAAUCCCCUCCUGGAUAGCUUCACCCGACUCUGCCUGCCAGAUGCCUGGAGCUCAGUACCAUCCCUCUGGAAAAUUGCCAGUUGUAACGGCAGCAUCUAUGUCUUUCGGGAUCGUUACAAAAAGGGAGAUGCCAACACCUUCAAACUCAACCCAGCCACCUCUGUGGUGACUGUCACCAGUGGCAUCAAGGUGCUGCUCACUAAUCUGCAGUUUGUGCUGGCUUGAGGUGACAAGUCCACGGACAAGACAACAUGAACAUUCUGUAGAGCAGCUUAGAGGCACCCAGUUUUCUUAGCACUUGCCCCAACAAGACCAGCUCACAGCACCAUAGAGUGCUCCCUCCUCUUUAGCCCUGCGUGCAGGCAGUAUGAGUCUCCUGGAUGUGAGGCUGUUUUCCCUUUCAGUACACUCUCUCUAAGUUGACUUACAGCAUCUUAAAUCCCAGAUGGACUAAAUAGUGUUACUAUGAUCCUCUGAUAUGAAGCUGUGUUUCAAGCUGAUUGCAGCAGAUAGGCUUCAUAGGCCUAGAACUAUCCACCACCAGCAAGCCCUAGCAUGAGCAGCAACCCCUUUUUGUCAUAGCCUUUUAAUGUAAUAGCCCAGGAGGCUGCAUGUGCUGCUGCCAUCACUAGUCACAGGGAAUGGCCACCCUGUACACUCCCUAAAAAAGCUCUAUGCAGUUUGAAAUGGGGCUCUAAUAUGAAUGUUUCUUGCUAAGGCUACAGGACUGGCUUCAGGUCAGAGGCACUGACUAAAGUGGACUGUACUGUAGACUGAUUUCAGAGGUGGGUCCAAGGCCCUGACUUGGUUGUGCUUUGCCCUAAUGUAGGGGAGAUGGACUUGCUGCUACUUUGCCACCUAGCAGAAAGAGGAAAAUUAUCUUUACAAUACUACUGUGCCAAUGCUGGUUUCUAGCCCUACUAGUGGGGCUCCCAUCCUUCUGACGUUAUAUGACAGAGCUGUACGAUGGUUAAAGAUAAAACUAAAGUUCAUUUUCUCACAGCCUUCCCUGCUGACACUGUAGCCCUUUAGAUGAGAACCUGAAUAAAAGUGUCUGGUGGGACAAAGA